UCGUAUCCCCAACAAGAAAUGGUUUUCUGCAACAUGAUCUAUUUGUAUUAACAGAUAACUUAAUUAGUAGAUAUAGUAAUUCGUUGUACGCAAAAUCACUGCCACAAGAUUUUAUGCUCCGGAAAAUGUAUUUCAGCCUAUUAUAAAACCUUUUUAAAUUGCCUUUGCAGUGUUGUUUUUAAUUUGAUUCAUUUGAUCUGGAUUUGAUUUAAGUUAAUUCGCCACAUAGUCAACUGUCAAUAUAUAAGUAACAGAGCACAAAAAUAAGAUUACACAUUGCUGUUCACUCUAGUUGAUGCUCUUAACAAUUAAAAAGCAGUUUUUGUAACCAGCACUGUCGCGCUUUGAGGUUUCUAUCAAAAAAUUACGAGAUUCGCUACAUCGCAGUUCUUUUGCAAACAAGCUAUACGUUUACUGAUAGUAAACCUUCUUUUCAGUUAAUCGAAAAUAUCGACAGAUUUUACUGAGAAAGUUGUCUUGGCUUCUUUAAUGCGCUCGAGUUUAUGAUGAUCUCACGCUGAAAUGCUAAAUCAUGGCGGAGAUGAUUUCCGAAGUCAUGUUUAUCCUUUAUCUGUCAAACUAGGCCAAGGUUAACAAUCUUCUCCUAAAUACCUGUCUUGGCCUAUCCCACCAGUUAAAUCAUAUUUGUGGUAGAUGCUAGUUGCCAGCAGAGAUGGCUUAGUUAGCUUGAGUUCUGAUAUUAAGAGAAACACAACAUGUUUGAUUUUAUAUUUUGAAAAAUCUGAUCAGAUGUCGCUAAUUCAUUACUAAGCUACAGAAGAUUGCUAUAACAAAAAGUCAAAACCUUUUGCCUUGGAAAGAAAUGCUGCAAUUUGAGAAUCUGAUCGUCUUCAAGUCCUGAAUCAUCAUUGGACACGGGAAAGAGAUGCAAGGACGCCGUAAACAUGAAUUGCAGCUUCGCCUUCUGUUCAAGCAAACACUGAUCGCCCUUCUCAUGAUUAAGUUCCCUCCUACAAAUACCGCAUCAGAGUCCAGCGAUGUUGAAAAAGAUUUAGAAAUCAUAUAUCCUUCUUUAACACACAUGAAAAGUGGAGCCAGUCAGCAUGCCAUCCAACCAAGCCUUUUAGAACAAUUUACGAUCCACUUUCGUGCAUUUAACAAGACAUUCAAUGCGAGGAUGAAUACUGUUAAUAACUUCAUAGCACCAAGGACUGUCUGGAGCAUGACUGGGACCAACGCAAAUUCAUUAAAACCUGAACAUCCAAUUGUUGGAUUUUACAAAGGAAAGCUAACAGACGACGCAAAAUCUUUUGUGUCCUUGUCAAAAGGCAAUGGAAUGGAGGGAAUCAUAUUCACAGAAACAGAUCAAUAUUUGAUAAAGCCAAUGCAAAAAUUGGGCCUAGACGGUGCACAUGUCAUUAUAAAGAGAAUGUUACCCAAAAUCAGAUUUCAUCACAACAGCAAUAAAACUAGCACUAAAAUUCAAGAUAGUCCGAAAGUACGAAAAAAAAGGAACGCCGGAGAUGCAUCUAUAGAGAAGACAGUAGAGACGCUGCUUGUCAUUGACCAAAAGAUGGCGCAACACUACGGCCUAGAUGCUGCGCGACAGUAUGCGCUGACAGUUGGAAAUAUUGCACACGACAUUUUGAGAGAUGCAAGCAUUGGACCAAACUCAGUGAAUAUGGUUAUCGUCAAAGUCCUCGUUCUUGUAGCAUCACAGGAGAAUUUAAUCAUCAAUCAUCACGCCCAUAACACUUUGGCAUCAUUUGGCAAAUGGGCUUGGCAGCAGUCAAAGCAGCUCGAAGCAAAAGGAGAAGGUUUUGAUUAUGCUAUACUUCUCACCAGAUAUGACAUUUGCAAGGAUAUUGAGCAGCCUUGUGACUACAAUGGGGCAUCCUACACUGGCGGAAUGUGUCGGUUUCCUUCUUCGGUGGCAGUAAUUCAAGACCAUGGCCUAAUCACCGGCUUUUCAAUUGCUCAUCAUAUUGGACAUAGUUUGGGAAUGGAGCAUGACAUGAUUGGCACGUCGUGUUUUGCACAAAACAGAGUGAUGAAGCCAAAUGCUGGUUACGGCGAAGGAGCAUUCCUUUGGUCAUCUUGCAGUGUCAAUCAUUUGCAAAAAUUUUUAAGAACUGAACAGUCGCACUGCCUUAAUGACGCCCCUUCCAAAAAGAGGCAAGACAGUGUCACUUCGUUCCCAAACUCUGGAACAGUUUACGAUAUUGUCUCACAAUGCGAGCUUUUUGGCGGAGAAGGUGCUAAGGGAUGUUAUUUUGGAGAUAUAGAUGAGGUGUGUGUAGAACUGCAAUGUAUCUUGCCAAAUAUGACAUCUUGUGUAAGAACAGGCAAGCCUCCUGCAGAUGGAACUGCCUGCGGGGAAGACAAAUGGUGCAAGCAUGGUAGAUGCGUAGAGCAACGUGUUGCUGAUGCUUCUGUUGUUGAUGGAGGUUGGUCAUCAUGGGGAGAGUUUAAACAAUGCUCAAGGCCUUGUGGAGGAGGUAUUGCAUAUCGCGAAAGAACAUGUCACAACCCUGUAGCUCUUCGUGGCGGCAAAUACUGCGAGGGAGAUUCAAAGGAGUACACGAUUUGCAACAAAAAACCAUGCCCUGAUUCAGUUAUGAACUUUCGAAAACAGCAGUGCAAGAGACAUUCUGGAUCAUUCGAAGGGGACAUUCAAUAUAAUUGGACAUAUAAUAAAAGCAACGGAAGAAAAGGUAAGCCCAUGGAAAGUUCUUGCAUGUUAGAGUGUGUUGCAGAAAAUAAUCGCAAAAUUUUGAAAAAUUUCGGUCGGUCAAUUGACGGAACUGAUUGUUAUCUGUUUGACGAGAAUCUUGCCGGGAAAUGUGUUGCCGGUGAAUGCAUGAGUGUUGGCUGUGAUAUGGAACUGGGAUCAAAAGAAAAAGUUGAUCGUUGUGGUGUCUGCAAAGGCGAUGGAGGGUCUUGCAGGGAGAAAUUUGUCGCCAAGUUGCAAAAUCCAGCUGCAGUAUUUGUUAAUGUGACUGACCGAAAAGCCAACAGAACAAAAAGUUUCCACAACACUGGCAAUGUCACUGCAUUUAUCAAUGCAACAGUAGCACACAAUAUGACGGACGCUGGAAGUCGUUCCAUUAAUGAAACAAAUAAAAACACCACUAAUUUUGAAACUGCAAAGACAAAAGGUGGCAACGUUAACAAUUCAACAGGUGUAGACCAUUUACUAAAUGCCCUUCGAAAGCUGAAAGCUUUGCGGAAAUUAAUGAAAGCUGUACUGCAAAAGAAAUGCAGCCAGGACGCCAAAUGUCUUGAAAGAUACAAGUUCUUUGAUUUGAAGCACAAAAAGUCUGAGAUCACUCGUCCAAAGUCAUUUGAAUGGGUAACGGUUUCAACAGGAUGCAGUGUUACAUGUGGCAUAGGAACAAAAUCGCUAUAUCCUGAAUGCCGCCGUGUGGACGAUGGUUCUCCAGUGGGACUCAAGUUUUGUAGCAUCCUUCCUAGGCCAGUCUCCAGGGUGCGUGCCUGUAAAAUGCCAAGCUGUACUGCUAAGUGGGUUGCUAGUGACUGGCAAUCUUGUACAAAAUCUUGCGACGCUGGCAUUCAGUCAAGAGAAAUCUUCUGCAUCAAAACAAUUAGCGAAGAAUUCUUGGUUCCUGACAGUUUAUGCAAUUCUGAGAAAAAGCCUGCCGCGAAACGAAUCUGUAACAAGCAGGCGUGUCCCUCCAAGUGGAUCACAGAGCCAUUUGGAAAGUGUUCUACUACAUGCGGUAGAGGAGUGCAGCUACGAGAGGUAUUUUGCAAAUCGUAUGUUCAAAACACAGGAUUUGCAAUUGUCCCUGACAGUCGUUGCAAGCCCAUCGAGAGGCCGCAAAGAGAGCUGAUAUGUAAUGCUCAUAAUCCUUGCCCUGGAGAAGGAAAUUGUGGUGGAAAUAUUACUGGACUACAUGGUAGUUUUUCUUCGCCAAACUAUCCAAAUCACUACCCAAAUAAUAAAGAGUGUUUGAGUCAAGUUACAGUUCCCGAUGGGAAAGUAGUAAGAUUGCAGUUGACAGACUUGAAAUUGAAUGGAACAAGGAAAUCAGAGUCUGCCUGUGAAGGAGACUUCUUGCGCAUCAUUGAUGGGAAAUGCGGUGACCCUGUGGUUAAGUCAUUUACUCUUUUCUGUGGCAAUGAAGUUUCAAACGCCUCCAUCGUGUCAACAACUAACACAGUUUGCGUCAAGUUCUUUUCCGAUGACUAUGGAACAAGCAAAGGGUUUUCAAUACAGUAUGUAGCCAUUGAUAGUCCUGGAAUGCCUUCAAAGAUCGUUGAUAUCUGCGAUGCAAACACUAAGCUCAUUAAAAGUUCAUUUGGUGCCCUGACCUCACCCAACUAUCCCGAAGCCUAUCCUGCCAAUGAAUACUGCAAGGUGACAGUCUCUGCAAUGGACAAGAGUGGUUUUAUUAUAGCCAUGAAAGGUUUUAACGUAGGCUCUAAAGGAGAAAGCAAUCAAUGUGAAGAUGACUUCUUGGAAUUCUAUCACGACGGGAUUUCAGAGAAGCUAUGUGGAAGACAGGAUACGCAAGAAGCAACGAUUAAAAGUGACUCUUUUACACUCGUUUUUCGCUCAGGAAAUGCAAAGGUUGGAGGAACGGGUUUUGUAAUGACAUUUAUCACAAAGAAAGUCUUGCGAUUGCAAUUAGCGCAAGUUAAAAAGAAGAAACAAGAACUUGCAUACAAGCAGAAACACACCCCGUUGAAAACUAUUGUCCUCCCUGUUGUCACAGACAAAGCAGCAGCUAGUCUUAAUCCGGCAAAAGGACAUGGACAAGUCUUGGUCGAAGCCUUGACAAAUCUAAAGAAAAGCAAUAUAAGUCAACAAAGGCAGAGCAGUUCUGGAGAUGCCCAUGUACUUAAGCAUAUCAACAAUCAGGCAAUGUUGACAAGUGUCCUCAAUAUUCUUGGUGGAGGUAUCGAAACAAAAGAGUCCAAAAAGCAGCAGAUAACUCACGUGAUCAGUGAAGCUCAAAGGUAUGGUGCGGGACGCCAAAUGGCACUUGAAGACUACACAAAAGCCGGCAUAUACAAAAAAGCUGGGGUUCCAAAUGCAAGAGUAAACAGUCAAAGUUUGAAUUUCUAUAAAGGAAAACAAUUAAUAGGACCUAAGCCUCCCAACAGAAUUUUUGAAAGGAACAAACAACCCACUCAAUUACUAUUAAAAAAGACAGUGAAUCCAAUACUUACUAGAAGAGUGUGGAACAGACAAUUGUGGAGUGAAUAUUGGAAGCUUCUUGCUGAGCGUUAUGCGAAAGAGAGGAGCUACAUUUACAGACAGUUUAUGGGAUGCCCACGCCAGGACACCAUAACAUGUGAUACAGCAUUGAGGUUCACAAGAUGUGAAGCUGACCGUACUUGCAAAUACAACCAAGCAACUCAAUGCUGCACAUCUUCCUGUCCAUAUGCACCAUUUGUCUGCAUUUGA